GUUGUUCAAGGGAAAUAAUACCGGAAACAAAAACUUACUUCCUUGUUCAACAUUACCAACAACCAUUUACGCUAAUCCUCAUGUCUAGGAAGACUGUCCAUGAACUGGGCGUGUACCGAGUGUGCACGAACCCUCUUCCAAGGCCGUUAACUCACGUGACAACAACAAUGGCGGAGACUAGCAGCGAAAGAGAGCAUCUUCUUGCAAGCGAAAUUGGGUCAACAAAUGCAUCAGAGGACGACUUAAGUGACAGCUUGAAAGAUCGCCAUCCUAAUAACAUCAGUAUCGAGCAUACUGUAGACCCAGAACGCUUCCUGUCAACAAAAUACGAGAGCCUGGACUAUGACAUUACAGAAAACAUUGUUCAUCUUCGAGAAGAGAAGAAGCAAACAUACAAGGAUGUCGCGAAGAUGCAAGCAGUACGCUGGGUUGUUUCUUUAAUGAUUGGCGUGUUAACAGGACUUGUUGCAUCAUUUAUCGACUUUUCUGUAGAGACUAUCUCUGCUUUUAAGUACUCCACAAUCAAACAGUAUGUGGACAAAUGCAUUGAAGAAGAUUGUAUCUACAUCCCAAUGAUGAUAUGGCUUGCAUACAAUGCUUUAUUUUGCCUGAUUGCCAGUUGUCUUGUAGUUUUUAUUGAGCCAUGUGCAGCAGGGAGUGGAAUCCCACAGAUAAAGUGCUUUUUGAAUGGAGUUAAGAUCCCUCAUGUUGUGCGGUUCAAAACUUUGGUGUGCAAAGUUAUUGGUGUUACAUGUGCAGUCAGUGGAGGACUAGCAGUUGGGAAGGAGGGUCCCAUGAUUCAUUCAGGUGCUGUGGUGGCAGCAGGUAUUUCGCAAGGGCGGUCUACAAGUCUAGGACUAGACUUAAAGAUCUUUGAGUACUUCAGGACUGAUACAGAGAAACGGGACUUUGUAUCAGGAGGUGCUGCAGCAGGUGUUGCUGCUGCUUUUGGUGCUCCUGUUGGUGGUGUACUUUUCAGCUUAGAAGAAGGAGCAUCCUUCUGGAAUCAAGCACUGACAUGGAGAAUUUUUUUCACAUCAAUGAUUUCCACCUUCACACUAAAUAUCAUGAACAGCUAUAUCAAACAUCGCCCGUGGGAUCUCUCUUAUCCUGGUCUCAUAAACUUUGGAUCCUUUAAUGCAUUGACAUAUUCAGGAUUUGAACUACCAAUUUUUGUUGUUAUGGGUGCCUUAGGUGGCAUUCUUGGUGCACUCUUCAAUUUCAUUAACCACAAGCUUACACUCUUCCGACUUAGGUACAUGUAUUAUAAAGGGGCACAGGUGAUAGAACCUGUUGUGGUCUCCAUUAUGACUGCAACUUUUGGGUUCAUGUCAAUUUACAUCAACAAUGAUUGCAAACCAAACAGUGAAACCACUGAAGAGAUGCGUGUACAGUUCUUCUGUGAUGAUGGCUUUUAUAGUUCCUCAACAAACCUCUUUUUCGACACACCAGAGUCAAGCGUGAAAGCCCUUUUCCAUGCAGUAGCAGGAUCCUUUAAUGUCUCCACUCUAGCUUCAUACACAGCUGGCUAUUUCUUCCUGGCAUGUUGGACUUAUGGACUAAGUGUUCCCAGUGGUCUUUUUAUUCCAAGUUUGCUGAUUGGUGCAGGCUGGGGUAGACUUGUAGGCAUCGGAGUGGCUGCUAUCUUUCCUGAUCAGGAAUGGGCAGACCCUGGAAAAUAUGCCCUCAUAGGAGCAGCUGCACAGUUAGGUGGCAUAGUGCGAAUGACUAUCAGCCUCACUGUCAUCAUUGUCGAAGCGACUGGAAAUGUCACACUUGGCCUUCCCAUCAUGCUUGCUCUCAUCACAGCUAAAUGGUUCGGGGACUGGGUUGGCACAAAGCUUGGAUGUGGGGAGGGUAUCUAUGAUAUGCACAUUCAUCUUCAAAGCGUACCUGUUCUUGGUUGGGAACCUCCAAAUCUAUCUUCCAACAUCAAUGCCAGAGAGGUGAUGAGUCAUCCAGUAACUGUGCUUCACAUCAAAGAAAAAGUGGGAGACAUUGUUGACUUGCUAAAGAAAGAAGUUCACAAUGGCUUCCCAGUUGUAGAUAAUCUUGAGAGCCCUCAGUUAUCAGGUUCUCAUAGAACAUUUGGACGAUUUAGGGGCACCAUCCUCCGGCACCAACUUAUUGUUCUCUUGAAACUCAAGGUGUGGGAAGAAAAUUCAGACUUUAUUAAGCUGCAGAGUAGGCUCCAAAUGUCAGAUUUCCGUGACAAUUAUCCUCGUUAUCCUCCCAUCCAUCACAUCAGUAUUUCACCUAUUGAGAGAAACUAUACCCUCAACCUUGAGCCAUUCAUGAAUACUGCUCCAUACACAGUGUCAGAGAUGGCAUCAUUACCCAGGAUAUUUCGUUUAUUCAGGGGCCUUGGCCUCAGACACUUAGUAGUUGUAGAUAUUAAUAACAGAGUAAUUGGGAUGGUGACACGCAAAGAUCUUGCACGAUACAAAGUAACAAGACAUAACGGAGAGACGAAAGUGGAGGAACUGCUUAUUUCCCAUGGUGUCUUGACAAAAGCAACAUGAAUGUCAUCAAGAAUUCAGCAAUGCAAACAUGGCAUCUAUAUGCAUUGUUGAUGCUUGUCACUGGCACAGUACAGAAGGUAAUCUAUGCAAAAUAUAUAUAUAUAUUUUUAAUUACCACAGAUUUGUUUGGAUUUUAGUAAUUCUUAGGGCUCAAUCUGUAGAGAAGGCACAUAUCUAUUACCAGGGUACGCAUGAUUUUGCAGAAGAGACACUAACAGUUAGAUGCCUUUCCUGGAAAUGUUUUAGCACAUUAUACUUUGUUUUUUAAUGUCCAGAAACUUUGUUUAAAGUACUUUAAUUUUAUUCAGUUUACUUCUUCAUUUUUUCCUUAUAAGUUUUCCUUUAGUGUGGCAACUCUGAAUAGUAGUCAUUACCAUGUUGACGCAAUAUUUUUUUUUUACUUUUUUUUACUCUGAAGGAUGCAUUCUUGAAUGCAACGAUAUGGGUGAUGUCCAUGGAUAUAAAUGUGUUGAUGAAAUGUACAGAUUUUCAUAUAGUUCUAAAUUUGUGAUUGCAUCAAUCAUGAUAGCUAUGAAUGUAAAUGAUAUGUACAAUGCAUUUAAUAAACUUUAAGAUUAAGUGUACCUUUUGUAAAGUGCAUUUUUUGUUGUAGUAUCUUCUCUCCACAUCUUCCUAUUGUUCAGUAUGUGAUUUUUGUUCAGGGUUCAAUUUUGAAUACAAAAUGUACCUGGCAUUUUGUGGUCUUGAAAGAACUGAAUUUAUAAACCCAGAAACUCAGAAACUAAUUUUAAGUGUUUGUACUUGCACAGCUGAAUAUAAAUCUACUGCAUCUGACAUCUCUCAAAAGGUCUAUAACUUUAAAAAGUAGUGAAACAGUGCUUUUUCAACAGACUUUUCCAGAAUGUUAGCAUAUCUUUUGUUUCUAUGCUACUUUACUAACUUUAAUUUUAUCAUGUAAUUCAAUAGACUGAAAUUGAUUGAUGAACUACAACAGUUUAUUAUGAAAAACUAUUGUAGAAACUGAGCAUGCUGAACAGAGUUGAUUUUAUAUUCACUUUCUGUAUUUUUGCUGUUUGUUUGUGUCUCAUCAGAACAAUUUGUAUAAAGAUUUCAUUUAAUGGGCAAUGCAAUAGCUUUUGUACAGCAUGACUUUAUUUUCUCUGUUUCAAGAUACAGUACAAAAUUUGUCUCCUUAGACUAGCCUGCGGUAUUAUGCUACUAUUAAGUUUCUUAAAACCUUAAAAUUGUUGAACAUCCAGUGGUGCAUGUUGUUGCUAGGUGUUUGGAUGUAUUUCAAAUAAACACAUGAGUUUUUCAUUUUCACAUUGUGCCAAUGUAAAAAGUGUUUUAUUACAAUUCAAUGGUUUUAUAACUUAUGUGUUCCUAACUUGUAUUAACUAUCAGUGUGAAUAUCAGCAUUUCAUUUGUACACAUUAUUGUCAUUUUUAAUUCAAUUUGCAUUUUAUUUGCUUUAAGCAUUUGAUCAUUUUACCAUUUGACAGGCUUUAACUAUUGGGUACCUUGUCUCAAAUAUAUAACAUUCCACAUUCCCUUUGCAAUCUAAAGUCGCGUCCAAAAUAAAAUUAUUUUAUAUUUA